AUGACGCCCAACCAACGGAUCCAAUGUGUAGAGGUCCAGCGCCUUUGCUUCAACUGCCUGGGAAGACACAACGUCAGAUCAUGCAAGUCAAAUCAAACUUGUAAGCAGUGUCGGCACCAGCACCAUACUAUGCUUCAUGAUGGUGGGGUGUUUUACAUGCUCCCACCACCACCGAAGCCCAAAUCAUUGCCGAGCAACGCGCCAGCUCCAGCAAUUGCUCACGACGAUCAGAGCAAUCUGCAAGAGCUGCUCACCAAAUUCUGGAUCCAAGAGGAGUCAUCGAUGGACGCUCCAAGCACACUCACACCGGAGGAAGGAGAAUGCGAAGCACAUUUCUGUGCGACUCACUCUCGUGAUCACACAGGAAGGUACCUCGUUCGCAUUCCAUUCAAGGCACCAGCAUCACUUCUAGGCAAUUCACACAAGAUUGCUCAAAGAUGUCUACAAAGUACAUUGCGACGACUCUCCAAGGAUUCAACAUACAACCAGCUCUACGUCGAGUUCAUGAAAGAGUAUGAAGAAUUAGGGCACAUGGUAAAGGCUUCAGAUCACCAACGGAUCGCAUCAAAAGAGGCUGAGAACGUUGGGCCUGAUGGGGAGAUGACCUUGGCACAUGAUGCUUCGGCAUCAGGAGGGUUGAGGGUCUCUUCUGACGGUUCAACACCUCAGUCCUCUGCUCAUCUUCAGCCGUACUAUUUGCCUCACCAUGGAGUUCUACGCCUCGACAGUUCAACAACGAAGCUCAGGGUUGUAUUCAACGGAUCAAAAGCUACGACAUCAGGCAAAUCAGUCAACGAUUUAAUGCAUACUGGUGCUAAUUUGCUCUUGAAUGUUACAGAUGUUCUAAUUUGGCUUCGCCAUUAUCACCACAUUUUUGCCACAGAUAUCACAAAAAUGUAUCGCCAGGUAGCAGUUCACAAGGAUGAUUGGGAUCUCCAGCGAAUUGUUUGGAUCGAUGAAGACCGCAAUGUCAUUCCUUACCAGCUCACAAGUGUCACGUAUGGCACAAAGGCGGCUCCCUUCCUGGCGACACGAGCACUCAUGCAGCUUGUUCACGAUGAGGGUCAUCGAUUCCCUCUGGCAACGCCUUCUGCUCAUAUCUUUGAAGGAGCAGACUCAAUCUCGGAACUUGUGGAGGUCGCUCAACAGCUGAUUGCAUUGUGCAUCGCGGGCGGAUUUCCACUCGCAAAAUGGCAUGCGACUCACCCAGAUCUUCUACGGGCUGUUUCGUCAUCCACACAAUCGUCAGCUCCCAUAUCAUUUGACGACUGCACUACCAAAUUACUCGGAAUUCAAUGGAUGCCUCAAACUGACGCAUUCGGCUUCUCAUCAACCUUGACUGAUCAACCAAGUAAGUGUUCAAAACGCCUCGUAUUGUCCGAAGUGGCUCGGAUAUUUGAUCCAUUAGGUUUCGUCUCACCGGUAAUAGUGCGAGCAAAAAUGCUGUUACAAGAACUCUGGCUACACAAGAUCAAUUGGGACGAUCCACUACCGUCUCAAAUUGUUUCACGAUGGUUCAUCAUCAGAGAAGAUCUCAAAGGUUUGGCCAAACUGACAAUUCCAAGGUGA